AUGGCUAAAGAAAGACUAGGAAAAAGUAAUGUGGUUGUUGUUGUAUCUUCAUCUUCAUCUUCUACAACUAAAAAAUGUGUACACAACCAAUGGUUAGCACUGUCACAGCUGAGAGAUCUGAACCUUCAUUCACCCCCACUGUCGCCGUCUUAUCCAUGCAACGAGAGGAACUCUUCGAAGAAGGUGAUGGAAUGGAAUAUGGAGGUGGAGGAUUGCUGUAGUUGGGAUGGCGUUUCAUGUGACCCUGCCACCGGUUAUGUCAUUGGGCUGGACCUCAGUUACAGGAUUUCGACGCUGACGAGGUUGGUGUCUCUUCAUCUUUCUUGGAAUUUCGAAUCUGAUGUAAAGCUAAGAAAACCAAACCUUGAAUCUUUUAUUAUGAAUCUGAAUUCUUUAAAAGAGGUGUAUCUUGAUUAUGUAGACCUCUCAGCUCAAGGCUCUAACUGGUCUCAAGUCUUAUCCUCUGCAUUGCCUAAUCUUGAGGCUUUAAGCAUGUCACAUUGUGAGUUGAACGGUCCAAUCCACCAUUCAUUUGGAACACUAAAAUCUCUGUCUUAUUUGAAGCUUGACCAUAACAAUCUAUUUUCUGAUUUCCCAGAAAAUGUUUUUGUCCUUCCAAAAUUGAAAACCAUUGACAUCUCCUAUAAUGACCUUCUAAGUGGCCAGAUUCCAGAGUUUCCAAAUCAAACUUCUUUGCAAAUCAUUUCACUUUCUCACACGAAUUUCAGUGGAGAAUUGCCUAAGUCCAUUGGAAAUCUUCAGUCACUGAGAUCUUUAGAUAUUUCUAGCUGCAAGCUCUCAGGUUUAAUCCCCUCAUCACUAGCAAACCUCACAAGUAUUAUCUGGUUGGACAUUGGAGGAAACAGAUUUACUGGUUCUUUACCCCCAUACCAUAGUACAAGUGUGCCAAAUCUCUCGUACCUUAACAUGUCAUCCAAUCUUCUCACAGGUGGAAUUCACUCUUCUGUUUUCACACUACCAUCUCUGGAGGAUUUGCUACUCAAUAAUAACAAAUUCAAUGGUGAACUCCAGGAGUUCUCUAAUGCAUCUUCCUCUGUUUUAGCUAAUUUGGAUUUGAGUGGCAAUCAAUUGAGUGGGGUAGUACCUAAAUCAAUAUAUCAGCUUCCUAACCUAAUUGGUUUAGCAUUGGCCACUAACAACUUUAAUGGUAGUGUGAAAAUUGAGAUGUUGCAGAAUCUCAAGAUGUUGACACUUUUAGAUCUCUCUAGCAAUAGUUUGACAGUUGAAAGUGUUGAUAGAAGCUUUCACUUGCCUCAGCUAGAAGACGUGUAUCUACAGAAGUGCAAUUUAUCUGAUUUCCCCAUUUUCCUGAAGAAUCAAGUACGACAGCUUAGAGAUCUUAACCUUGCAUACAAUCACAUCCGAGGUUAUGUUCCUAGUUGGCUGCUGGGGAGCAACAUUCUUGAGCAGUUGGACCUUUCUGGAAAUACAAUUGAUUUUCUUGAAACAUCAGCUCAGGGAAAUGGUUCAUUCAUGAUGCUAAAUACUCUCGUGAUGCGUUCUUGCAACAUUUCUAAGUUUCCCAAGUUCUUGAAAGGCUUUGAUGCUUUACAGGAUCUUGACCUUUCUGAUAACAAGAUAGAAGGUGAAAUACCAAGUUGGAUAUGGCAUAAUGAGCUUCAAGUUGUGAAUAUUUCUCACAAUCUUUUAUCUGUCUUUGAUGAAAUUCCCACAAAUAUUUCUUCAUAUACCUUUUCUCUUUUACUUCAUGGAAAUCGUAUCAAAGGAUCUCUUCCAUCCCGAAUAUGCAAUAUGAGUUACUUAGCGUUCUUUGAUGCAUCAGAUAACAAUUUGAGUGGUUUGAUUCCGGAGUGCUUGGUAAAGCUUGAAACUCUAUCUGUUUUGAACUUGCAAGGAAACAGAUAUCAUGAAAUGCCUUCUAAUUUUACAUUUGCAACACAUCUUAGCACUCUUAAUAUUAACGGCAAUCACUUGAAAGGGAAGCUGCCAAGGUCACUGGCCAAUUGCAAAAUGCUGGAGAUUCUUGAUUUAGGAAACAACAUGAUUUCUGAUACUUUCCCAUUUUGGUUGGGAAAACUCACUUCACUCAAUGUUCUUAUCUUACGAAACAACAUGUUUUAUGGUGAGGUGGAGAUUCCUAGGACAAAGUUUGUGCUGCCAAGCUUAAUCAUAAUUGAUCUGUCUUCCAAUAAUUUCACCGGAAAGUUGUCCAAAUAUUUCUUGCAAAGUUUGAGUGCAAUGACUAUGGGUGGGGAAAACAAAGCACUGUCCAGCCUCAUUGGAGAGCAUGAUGGCUACUAUCAUGAUUCAGUGACCAUCAUGAACAAAGGAUAUGAGAUGGUGCUGGUUAAGAUCUUGACGAUAUUUGUGUCUUUGGAUCUGUCAAACAACAAGUUCCAUGGCAAUGUUCCGGAUGAGAUUGCUGAACUGAAAUCACUGGUUGUGCUCAAUCUGUCACGAAAUUCCUUCAAUGGGCAAAUUCCAACAUUAUUAGGAGAGUUAUCUCAACUAGAGUCUUUAGAUUUCUCACAGAAUAAAUUCUCUGGAAUGAUUCCUCCACAACUCACCAGUCUAACUUUCCUAGAAGUAUUGAACAUGUCUUAUAACCAACUAGCUGGCCACAUUCCUUUGGGGAACCAAUUCAAUACUUUCACGAAUAGUUCCUACAUAGGAAAUGCAAGACUGUGUGGAACCCCACUCUCAAGAAAAUGCGGUGAAGAUGAUGAUGUACAUGAUGAGAGCUUGGAAAAUGAAGCCAUGCUUGAUUGGAGGUUUGCAGUUGCUGGGUGUGUGUCUGGAUUGGUUGUUGGAUUAACAAUUGGGUUCUCUUUUUUGGCAGAACUAAUUAUUAAGUGGCUUGUAAAGCAGCACAUGAAAAGAAGAAGAAACCGAGGAGGACUUAGAAGAAAUUGA